GAAAGAGGAAGAGGAGGAGGAGGAGGGAGGGAGAAGGGUAUGGGAGUGGAUUACUACAGGGCUCUUCUGGUGGAUCGCAAUGCCAGCGACGAAGAGCUCAAAAGGGCUUAUCGCAAGCUCGCCAUGAAAUGGCAUCCCGACAAAAACCCUAACAACAAAACCCACGCCGAGGCCAAAUUCAAGCAGAUUUCCGAAGCUUACGAUGUUUUGAGUGAUCCGCAAAAGCGAGCGGAUUACGAUCGGUACGGCGGGGUGAGGAUGAAGGCGCAGGCUCCGUCGCCGCCCUCGGGUGGAGAUUCGUACUUUUCGUUCUACUCGAGGAGCGCCGAUGAUAUUUUCGCCGAGCUUUUCGGUUCAUCGACCCGUUUCGGCAAUGUCGGCGGCGGAGCAGCAGCUGCUUCGACAUUCCCGAGAUCUACGUACGACGAUAUCUUCGGGGCGUUUAGGUCGUCGGGCCAUGGAGGAUCCUCCGCCGCAGCACUUAAGGCGACGCCUAUAGAACAGAAUCUGUGGUGCAGUUUGGAGGAAUUGUACACUGGAACUACGAAGAAGAUGAAGAUUUCCAGGGACGUGUUUGAUCAAUCUGGGAGAACCGUCACAGUGCACGAGAUCCUGAGGAUAGAGGUGAAGCCCGGAUGGAAGAAAGGGACGAAGAUCACGUUCCAGGAAAAGGGCAACGAGAAAACAGGCACUGUACCUGCAGAUCUCGUCUUCACCAUUGUCGAGAAAGAUCAUAACGUCUUCCGGAGAGAGAGCAACGAUCUUGUCGUGACCCACAAGAUAACUCUUUCCGAAGCCCUCACGGGUUACACAGCUCGGGUCACGACUAUUGAUGGCAGGACACUGAGAAUUCCCAUCGAUAGAGUCAUCAAUCCUUCGUAUGAAGCAGUCGUGAAGGGCGAGGGGAUGCCAUUGCCGAAAGACCCUUCUAAAAGAGGUAACUUGAGAAUCAAAUUCAUCGUUAAGUUCCCUUCUAAGCUUACCCAGGAGCAGAAAAAUGGCGUCAAACGUUUCUUAUGAUCCCUGAAGAAAAUUCUUUUCAUUUUUUUUUCUAUUAGUAAUAAGAUUGCUUUAGGUUAUUGUUUGAAGAGCUUAUUCUUUUGUCCUUAAGGUCUUAGGAGACUAGGAAUUGUAGACAAUAAAGAGGAAAUGUGAUUUUCUCCUCAUUUAUGAUCUGAUUAUCUGUUUAAUUCAGAUUCGGAAAAUCGACUGUAAUGGGUUUAUAGAUAAUUUCAUAAGUCCAAUGCUCUCUCUCUCUCUC